AUGCAAGUGACUGUUCGUUCUUUGACGAUAGCCUCCACUACCACCACCUCCACCACCACCAACACCACCACCGACACACCACCAGCCACCACACCAAUAUUCCACCACACCGCCACCGCCACCGCCACCGCCACCGCCACUGCCACCGCCGCCGCCACCGCCACCGCC